AUGGCUGUACUUGGAAAAACUGUGCUUGCCAUCAGUCUAUCCAUUGUUAUAAUUGCAACAAUGGAAAAAAACGUUUCAGUGUUUGCUCAAAAUGUGGGAGAUAUUGUUACUGCUGAUUUCUUUAAUGCGAUAAUCAAUCAAGCUAGAUGCAUUUUCUUAAUUGCUCUCCAAUCUUUUCUGACUUUUGGUAACCUUGGAGGUGAUGGUUCCAAGCAGAUUGUGCUUUUUUUUGCUCAUGUUACUCAUGAGACUGGACAUUUCUGCUACAUAGAGGAGAUAAACGGUGCUUCUCAAGACUACUGCGACGAAUCAAACACACAAUAUCCAUGUGCCCCAGGAAAGAAUUAUUUCGGCCGCGGACCGAUUCAACUAACCUGGAACUACAACUAUGGUGCAGCUGGUCAAAGCCUUAACAUUGACUUGUUAAACUCUCCUGAAACUGUUGCAAAUGAUCCUGUUGUGUCGUUUAAGACAGCUCUCUGGUUUUGGAUGACCAAUGUACGCCCUGUCGUAACCCAAGGUUUCGGAGCCACCAUUAGAGCCAUUAAUGGUGCAAUUGAAUGUAAUGGUGGAAAUCCUCCAGCAGUUCAGGCUCGGAUUGGGUAUUACACUGAUUAUUGCAACAAGAUUGGAGUUGCACCUGGGGAUAAUCUUAGUUGCUAAUUAAAAUUAAGUUCUUGUUUAAUUUAAUAAAUAGGGUUGCUAAAUAAAUUAUCGAUCCUUGUUUGAGUUUCAGAAAUAAUUAGAAGCUAGUUCAUCCUUAGAGAUUAUGUAAACUAGCUUCAAUGAAAUAAAAUAAUCUUUGACGUUAUAACUAAGUUUAUUUUUUA